GUGUAUUGAAUUGAAUUGUAAAAUGUAUUACAAAUAAUCAUUUCUUAAUUUCCCGUUCGUUUUAAGCGAUUGCGAUUGUCAAAGUCAAAUAUGUUGUUGCCACCUUAAUCACUCGAAGUAAAUAUUUUUAAUGGUUGUUGUUUGACUGGAUAAACUUGAAAUGUGUUCAGACUCGUGCGAAACGAAAGAUUAAAUGGGAGGUGACUGCAUUAAGAGAUUAAUUAUGGUGCUUAAGAACAGUUGCAGGAAAAGUGACUCACUCCAACUCUCUCUCUCUCUGUUAAUUAAACUUGCUGCAGGCUAUAGCCACUAUAACUCUCUCUGAUAAACACACUGCCUACUGUACCCACUCUAACUCUCUCUGAUAAACACACUGCCUACUGUACCCACUCUCACUCUCUCUGAUAAAGUUGAUUCAUGCUAUACCCACUAUAACUCUCUCUGUUAAACUUUCUGCUUGUUGUUUCUUGAUUAGUUCUCAUGGGGUGGGGCAAGUACAGUCAAACCCGUGCCCUACACAACAUUUUCACUGUAUUCAAAGCUGAAUGAGUGUGUGGGCAGAGAGGGUCGUAACAGCGUUCCACCCAGUGUGUUCAGCCACUCACGUGAAGAGCCCUUAAUCAAACUAGAUAACUUCAGCCCGGACUCACACAUUCCCGCUUCAUCGGCUGAUUAAAGAGAAGGUUGCUAAGCGAUGAGGAGCAACAGCGUGGUCAGGAGGCUCUGCUGUCAUAAUUUAGAGUGAGAGAGUGAAAGAGACUGAGAGAGUGAGUGUGACAGAGUUAAAGAGUGAGACUGAAGGAGUGAGAGAUGGCAAAAGAGUGAGAGACCGUGAAAGAAAGAUGGCGAGAGUGUGAGAGACAGUGAGUGAGGGGGAGAGUGAGGGAGAGACCGUCAAAGAAAGAGAUAGUAUAGGUGUGAGAGAGGGCGACAGAGAGAGAGGGGGAGAGUAAGGGAGAGAGAGGGAGAUAGUAACGGUGUGAAAGAGGGAGGGGGAGAGUAAGGGAGAGACGGUUAGAGAGAGAGGGUUGUGAUUUAAGCAUGGCAGAGGUCAGCGGGGGGGUGAGGCCGGGCCAGCCCAGGCUGGGGGUGCUGGAGACGGGGCCGGCUCAGAGCAGGGGCCAGGACACGGGGCUGAGCGCUAUGCAGGACAAGACCCGCGAGUUCUUCCUCAUCUGUGACAUGGAGGACAAGGGAUUCAUCACACGCAGAGACAUGCAGAGGCUCGGUGGACAGCUGCCUCUGACUGCAGACGAGCUGGAGAACGUCUUUGACACGCUGGACGCCGAUGGAAACGGCUACCUCACGCUGGAAGAGUUCUCCUCGGGAUUCAGCCACUUCCUGAUUGGUCAGACGACUUCGGGACCGGGGGAGGGGGCGGAACUGUACCAGAGCCAAUGGGAGGAGAAGCCGGCGGGCAGUGAGGAAGAGGAGGAGAGGCACUUCAGCAUGCUGAUGGAGAGCCUGGGUGCCGGCAACGUGUUCCAGGACGGAGAGGGGGCGCGCAGGCUUUGGACCCGGCUCCGCCGUGACGAGCCGCACCUCCUGUCCAACUUCGAGGAGUUCCUCGCCCGGGUCACCUGCCAGAUCAAAGAGGCCAAUCAGGAGAAGAGAGAGAUGGAGAGCGCGCUCGAGAGGAAAGUAGCGAUCCACGAUGAUGAAGUUCAGCGUCUGUAUGAGGAGAUGGAACUCCAGAUCACCACUGAGAAGAACAGAGUCCAGCUGCAGGACUCGGAGCGCUUCCUGUCGCGGAGUCAGGAGCUGGAGACGCAGCUCUCCCACAAGGAGCAGGAGCUGCAGCUGCUCUUCAGGAAGCAGAGGAGGUUGGAGCUGCAGUGUCAGGAGCUGCAGAGCGGGCAGCAGGAGAGCCGGGUGGAGAACGUGAAGCUGAAACAGAGGAACGAGGGCCUGCAGCGGGACCUCACACACACCUGCCAGGAGCUGCGCCUCACCCAGGAGCAGCUGUGUGUGCUGCAGGAUCAGUCCUCCUGCCUGCACCAGGAGAGGGAGAUGGAGCUGUACAGAGUGACAGAGGGGAUGCAAAGAGAGAGAGCCAGUCUGCUCAAACAGCUGGAGCUCCUGAGGGAAAUGAACAAACACUUGCAAGAUGAACGAGACGUGUGCUACCAGAACUCGCUGAAGAAACCUUCUCGAAGGCAGAGGCCUGCUCUCAGUGCUGUGAAAAGUACAGAGAGGCCACGGCGAGGAAGUGAGGAAGAGGAGGAGACGCCCCCCGGCUCCAGUAGGUGGCGCUCGGAGGACGUGAUUGGCCCGGACCCGAGUAGUGGGCGGGGCCGGCUCCAGCGAAUCGUGUCCAUCGAGGAGGACCCCCUCCCUCAGCUGCUGCAACCCGGCUACGAGUCCCAGCUGCAAGACUGGAGCGAGCAGGAGGAGGAGGAGGAGGAGCAGAAGGAAGAGCAGGAGCACACUGACCUGGAGACGAGCCAUCCUGCUACCCCCCCGUCCCCACGGAGACAGCCUGUCGGCAAGGAAACCGUCCUGCAUGAGGAGGUCGUGACCACCACCCCGGACCGUCUGUUUAAGAUCGUGCUGGUGGGAAACUCCAGUGUGGGCAAGACCUCCCUCCUGCGCCGCUUCUGUGAUGACUGUUUCCACCCCGGGACCGCCGCCACCGUGGGCAUUGACUACAGUGUGAAGACGGUGACGGUGGAGAACAGUCGUGUGGCUCUGCAGAUGUGGGACACAGCAGGACAGGAGCGGUACCGCAGCAUCACCAAGCAGUUCUUCCGCAAGGUAGACGGCGUGGUGGUCAUGUAUGACAUCACUGCCGAGCAGAGCUUCACCGCCGUCAGGGAUUGGCUGAGCAGCGUGCGGGACGGGGCGGGGGAUGACAUUCCCAUCAUGCUCCUGGGCAACAAAACGGACCGGCCGGGCGAGAGGGAGGUGGAGCCUCGAGCGGGAGAGAGACUGGCCAAGGAAUGCCACUUCAUCUUCUACGAGUGCAGUGCUCUCUCUGGCCACAACGUUACUGAGUCCAUGGUCCACCUGGCCAUGAUUCUGAAGGAGCAGGAGGACAGGCAGAAGGAGAUGACUGUGCAGCUGGUGGGAGACUCCCCCCAAAAACGCUCCUGCUGCUCGCGACAGUAGAGCCCCCCAGCCCCACGGACCCCACACACGCACGCACACACGCACACACACACACACACACAC